GGAGGGCGCGGACUCUACCUCGCUCAUUUGCUAGUAGCAGCGGUGAGAGGCGGGUGGCCGCUGCGCUGCAUUUGCCCUUCCCCCUUCUUGGCCGCCGAUCCCCGGGCUGGGUUCCCGUCUGUCGCCUCUACGGAGCCCGUGAAUCUUCUGCGAUCUCAUUACACGGCCUGUAGCUUUCCACCUUUGUGGCCUAAAGGUCGGGGCCCGCUUCGGCGUCUAUUCCCUGGCUUGAGGGGCCUCCCAGGCCAGAUCCGGUACCGACUCUCCUGAUCUGUUCGCCAGGUUUCUCUCCUCAGUCCCGCCGCCCCUCGGGGGCCUCUGCCCGCCAUGAGCUACGGGCGCCCCCCGCCUGAUGUGGAGGGCAUGACUUCCCUGAAGGUGGAUAACCUGACCUACCGCACGUCUCCAGACACGCUAAGACGCGUCUUCGAGAAGUACGGGCGGGUGGGGGACGUCUACAUCCCCCGGGACCGCUACACCAAGGAGAGCCGCGGCUUUGCGUUCGUCCGCUUCCACGACAAGCGCGAUGCCGAGGAUGCGAUGGACGCCAUGGACGGCGCAGUGCUGGACGGCCGAGAGCUCCGCGUCCAGAUGGCCCGUUACGGGAGGCCCCCGGACUCCCAUCACAGCCGCCGGGGGCCGCCGCCGCGCCGAUACGGAGGUGGCGGCUACGGACGCCGCAGCCGCAGCCCCAGAAGACGCCGCCGUAGCCGAUCCAGGAGCAGGAGCCGCUCUAGGUCCCGCAGUCGAUCCCGCUACAGUCGGUCCAAGUCCAGAUCCCGCACACGCUCCCGAUCUCGCUCGACCUCUAAGUCUAGGUCUGCCAGGAGAUCCAAAUCCAAGUCGUCAUCCGUCUCCAGAUCCCGAUCCAGGUCGAGGUCCAGAUCCAGGUCUAGAAGUCCCCCACCAGUCUCAAAGAGGGAAUCUAAAUCCAGAUCCAGGUCUAAGAGCCCCCCCAAAUCUCCCGAAGAGGAAGGAGCUGUAUCCUCUUAGGAAAAUGCUGCGGUCUCCUGUUUGCUAAAAGAAUAUUGGCCAGUAUUGCAGAUUUUAACUGAUUUGGCUGAUCCUCCAGGGACCAGUUUCUGUGGGCGUGUAUUGGAGCAGGUUUGUCUUUAAAAGUUAAAGAUACACUAUCCUUUUAUAAUGGAACAUCAUCAGUUCAGUGGUCAUUGCACUGACUGGAGGUAAAAAAAAAAAGUUCUUAUAGAAGUGGCAAAUGCAAUGCAAUAAAAUGGAAACUAGUUUUUCCUCAAAUGAACUUUAGAGGCUUCUAAGGAUAUACUGGGUGGGGAAAGGAUAGUGUGUCUUUAACCCCUCAAACUGUUUGGUCCUGUUUUUAAAAUGGAAAUGGGCCUAAGAUAGUUGUAAGGUUAAAUAAUUGUAUGUUAAAAUUAAUGAUACUGUCUCAGAUUGUAUUGAAUGCCAGUUGGAAGAUAAAAUUAAGUCUUUAAGUAUUACAAAAAUUAUUAGUUUCUAUAACUUCUUAUAUGGGCUGAAUUCAAGUUAAGUGUAUGAUUUACAGCCUGAUGCUUGCUCUUCACUAACUCAGUUUAAACUAAUGUGACUAUUAAAUGCUUCUUCGCUAUCAACUUUGAAUUUCAAAUUUGGCCUUUGAAUUAGAGGUAAUGUGGUGACAAAUGGGGGGAGGUGAAGCACUAUACAUAAUCCUUAAUAAAACUUAAUUAAAUUAGGCAAGGCCAGUUGAAUCACAACCAGAAGCAUACUUGAAGUCAUCCACAUAAUUGGGAAGGUGCAUGGUGGAAAUGUGGCUGAACUGUUCUCUCUUCAAACCUAGAUGCAUCAGAUAAAUGAGAAAUCUACAUAAAGGACGCCUCUGGGGGAAAAGAUCCUAUGAAUCUUCAGUCCAUUGGAGAGACCCCAGGCACAAGCAACCAGCUGUUGAAAAGGUUAUUUUGUAACAUUUUUGUCUAACUUUUUACUUGUUUAAGUUGAGCCUCAAAUGGCAGACUUUACAUUUUAUGUGCCAUUUUGUUGCUGUUAUUCAAAUUUCUUGUAAUUUAGUGAAGUGAACGACUACCGAUUUCAUUAUUGGCUUGGAUAUUUGAGGUAAAUUUUCAUUUUUGUUUAUAUAGUGCUGGCUUUUGUUUGACUUUAAAAAAAAAAACUGAUGGUAACUUAAUUUGUUGCCUCAAGUUUCAUGUUGCGGAAACAUGCAGCCAUUACAUGCCGAGUAGCUGACUGUCAAGGAAGUGUUCUCAAUUUGCCUUCAUUCCUUAAAUAAAAUUCUGCAAAACUUCUUCGGAUGUAAACUUCUUGUAAAUGCUAUUUGCUUUGAAUUUAAAUAGUAUCGUCUAUUCCAAAUUUGUAUAAAACUUUUCAGGUGACAGUUGAUUUUUGAAAGGAUUGUUUUAUCAGACUCAAUUCUAAUCUCUUCUCUUAUGUAUUUUUGUGCACUAGGCGCAGUUGUGUAGCAGUUGAGUAAUGCUGGUUAGCUGUUAAGGUGGCGUGUUGCAGUGCAGAGUGCUUGGCUGUUUCCUGUUUUCUCCUGAUUGCUCCUGUGUAACGAUGCCUUGUCGUGCAGAAACAAAUGGCUGUCCAGUUAAUUAAAAUGCCUGACAACUGCACUUCCAGUCACCCGGGCCUUGCAUAAAAAUAAUGGAGCAUACAGUGAGCACAUCUAGCUGAUGAUAUACACACCUUAUUUUUUCCAGAAUGGUAAAUCUUACCAUCUUCUUUUAUGAACUUGCAUAUAAGAAAUGUAAUGUUAAGAGCAAAUGUUUCAUUCCUUUGUAAGUACUGAUUGGUGUAUCUUUUGCUUAUGACAUUAUGUACUAUAACCACUGUCCCUGUAGUUACUAUUAAACAUUUUUCUUGGUGUUAACUUUUCUCAA